GUCCAGAGCAAAUCGCAGUUCAACAAAGGCCCCUCAAUCGUCUGGAAUACCGUGGGACUCUAGUAGGUACCAAAUCCUUGCGUCAGACGGGUCUCAGACGGAACAAUGUGCCUUCCCAUGUAUACAUGGCCCACCAAGACCGUAGGCCUUCGCCGUCACCUUGGAACACGAGCGAUAUGAUGUCGGCGCUGCCUAGCUACCCCUGCGGCCUUCUCUUUUACGAUCAGCGGUGCGGACAGCAGCACAUGAUUCCUUCUGUCCAUCCGCAGAGCAUGGUAUAUCCCAUGCUACCAAUGCCGUCGUUCUCCGGAGAGCCUAUCGCGGGCGAAAUGUCGGCGUACGGCCCACAGGUGACCCAGAGUUAUACCUCUUACAGUCAGCACCAACACCAGAGCACGCAUUUCCAACAUGGAACCUCCGUCCACUCACCCUCAGCCCCGUUUGCUCACCCGGAAGCUGGUUACCAGUCUACUUAUCAUCCCGCCCAGCCGUGCAUGGCCUCCAGCGGAUACAAUCCCGCAUAUCCGCACCUUGCUUCCAUGCCGCAACCAGAUCUUCACCACCGCAACUCACAGGAUCACGUCAGUGAAACCCCAUCUCCAUCGCCGGAAAGAGAGGGGCAGCGCGCCCCGAGCCCGGAGUACGACGUUUUGAAGACCAUCGUCGACGGAUCGACCCCGCUGGGGUCCAGAAUACAAUCAUCGUCACCAGCGACAGCAGAAUCAAGAUAUCUUGCUAUUUCGAGCCGCUAACUUUGAAGGUUCCAGGUUCUCCCGCAGUAUCCCCGGGCACUACCGGGUCUUUGGCACGCAAAGGCUCCCCUAGGAAGCCCAAGCAAUCCGGUCACGCUCUAUGGGUGGGGAAUCUACCUUCCG